AUGAGGCCGGCGGACUCAAGCCGCGAGGCACAAAUUCUGUCUAGCUCGCUGCUCGAUGAUCGGGAUUCGCUGCUCCGCAUUCGACGGAUAGUUAUGCAGAACGCAUGCGCGUUGAAUGCUUUCGCAUUUAGGAACAACUUCAUUUUUAAAAGUACCUUUCUACUAAUUACGAGACGAACAAUGAGCAAUUUAGAAGAAGCAAAUGAAAUAUGUAAAAAGGCAGAGGAUAAUCACGCCUCUGUAGUUGCAGCACAUUAUAAUGACUUAAAGGAAAAAGGUUUAAGAGAAAGAUUUAAUUCGCCUAUAUAUUAUCUUAGAAACUUCAAUAAUUGGGUUAAAAGCGUUCUCAUUCAAGAGUACAUAAAUAAAAUUCGAGAUAAGGAUUAUGGUAGACCAAUUAAAGUGCUUGACAUUUGCUGUGGAAAAGGAGGUGACUUGAGCAAAUGGCAAAGAGGUCGCGCGAAUCAUGUCAUAUUUGCAGAUAUAGCUGAAGUCUCUGUUCAGCAAUGCAAAUCCAGAUUUGAUAAAAUGUAUGGGAACAAGUUUACUGCUCAGUUCAUUGCAGCUGAUUGUACUAAAGAAAAUCUUCGUGAUAAAUAUACUGACCCCUCAAUUAAAUUUGACAUAGUUAGUUGUCAAUUUGGAUUGCAUUACAGUUUUGAAAGUUUAAGGCAAGUAAGACAAAUGCUUAAAAAUUCUACCGAAUGCCUUAAAGUUGGUGGUUACUUUUUUGGAACAAUACCUAAUGCUUAUGAAAUUGUGUCUCGAGCUAAGAAGUCAUCUAAUAGUGAAUUUGGAAAUAGAAUAUAUAAUAUAAAGUUGUUAUUUGAUCCCAAAGAUGGCUAUCCAUUAUUUGGUGCUAAAUAUGACUUUCAUUUAGAGGGAGUAGUUGAUUGCCCUGAAUUUUUAGUAAAUUUUGACCUAUUUAGAAAGUUAGCUAGUGAGUAUGGACUUGAAUUAGUGUAUAAGACAGCUUUAGCAGAUUUCUAUAAUGAAUUCAGUAUGAUUAAGGAAUACAAGCAUCUGCUGCAUAAAAUAAUGUGUUUUGAAACUUAUCCUUCUCCACCGGGUCAACAACUCCUAGGUGAACCAUCAGAAUAUGAACAUGCUAAGUCAUUUUUGGACAACUCUGAAGGUAGAAAUGAACGUGACAGACUUGGAACUAUGAGCCAAUGUGAAUGGGAUGUAGCAACUGUUUAUAUGGCAUUUGUGUUUAAGAAAUGCAAGACACCAAAUAGUGAAUGA